AUGAAGCUAUCUUUUAGGGAUUUAAAGCAGCAGAAGUUUACUAUGGAAGCUGAGCCUUCGGAGACGAUCGGCCAGCUGAAAGAGAAGAUUGCUCAAGAAAAAGGAUGGGAAGCCUCCCAACAGCGACUAAUUUACUCUGGCAAAAUUCUUCAAGAUUCAAACACGAUUGAAUCAUACAAUAUUGAAGAGAAAGGAUUCAUAGUUUGCAUGGUAUCUAAGCCCAAGGCCACCCCGUCCACCGCUGCUGGUCCUGCACAGCCCCCGGUUACUCCAGCCCCUGCCCGAACAUCAACCCCCUCUGCUCCAUCUGCUCCCGCGCCCGCUACGAGUGCUUCAUCCGCCCCCCCUGCAACGCCCUCACCCGCGACGGGCCCAGCCUUCAAUGACCCAUCUGCUCUCUUGAUGGGCCCUCAGAGCGAAGCAGCCGUUCAGCAAAUGGAAGCUAUGGGCUUUCCAAGAACAGAUAUUGACCGGGCGAUGCGUGCUGCAUUUUUCAAUCCUGACCGGGCUAUCGAAUAUCUGCUAAAUGGAAUACCGGAACAAGCUGAACGGGAGGCUGCUGCUCGCCAACAAGCUCGCGCCGCUCCACCGGCUGCAGCUGCCUCAACUACAUCCAAUCAACCUGCUGUGGGGACCGACGCAGAUGAGCCAGUGAAUCUUUUUGAGGCUGCUGCUCAGGCCGCCCAAGGUGGCACUGCACGCGGCAGUCGGUCUGGUGGUGCUGGUUUAGGGGGAGCUGCUGGGGGUGACGCUCUAAGUAAUCUCGAUUUUCUGCGAAGUAACCCCCACUUCCAGCAGUUGCGCCAACUGGUGCAACAGCAGCCACAGAUGCUUGAGCCUAUUCUCCAACAAGUCGGUGCCGGGAAUCCCCAGCUUGCUCAGCUUAUUGGCCAAAAUCAAGAACAGUUCUUGCAGCUACUGAGUGAAGACAUCGAUGACGAUUCACAACUUCCCCCUGGUGCGCAUACAAUUAGUGUCACUGAGGACGAGAGAGAUGCAAUCGAAAGACUUUGCCGAUUAGGUUUCUCGAGAGACGCCGUUAUUCAGGCCUAUUUUGCCUGCGAUAAGAAUGAAGAACUUGCUGCAAAUUUCCUUUUCGAACAGCCUGAUGAGGAGGGCGAAAAUUAA